ACUUGUCUGAGAAAGGAGCGAAGACCAGCGCGAUCAAAACUGAUUUUUCUUCCUCUUCGUUCUUCUUCAUCUUCGGUUUACAAGAUCACAGGGAGAAGCGAGAGGGUCAUUGAGAGAGAGAUCGGAAAGGAUAGAGAUGGAGAGGGCCUUUUCGUUGGAAGAGUUCAACGAUUGCUUCUGGGCAUCCUCUCCCUUGCCUACGCCGUCGGGGAUUCCUCUGCAAGCUGGAGAAGGAGGAGUAGGAGGGGAAGAUGGCGGCAUCAACAGGAGCGCCUCCGAGUGGUGUUUCGAGAAGUUUUUCCUCGACGUCUUUGAUGGGGGCAAUGCUAACCCCGCAUCGGCUUCCGCCCACGACCCUAACCUUAACGUUAGUCGCAACUAUGACAGUAUUCUUGCCCCCAAUUCUGGCGCUUCCUCCUCCUUGGAGGCGGCGAACGUUUGUGGUAGUAAGGGGGAGUUGGGACGAGUUGGGCACCAUGAAUUGGGGGAGAUGAAGGCACCAGUCGCGCCGCAGUCGUCCAAUCCGGUGGAAUUGGUUGAUCCUGGGGAGUACCAGGCGCUUCUCAAGAAAAAACUGGACAUUAUCUGUGCUGCUGUGGCAAUGUCUCGGGGCUCUGGUGUGAAGAUACAGGAUUCUGCUUCUGUUGCUGAUAGUAGGUCACCUAUUUCAGAUGUUACCCCGCCUGGUUCUCAACUGCACUCAAAAGUUACCCAAGGGAGGCAAGCUGCUAGCAAUUCAUCAGGAGAGCAGUCAGAUGAGGAUGAUGAUCUUGAAGGAGAAGUAGAAACCAACAAUAUGGACCCUUCUGAUACAAAACGAAUGAGGAGAAUGAUUUCAAACCGAGAAUCUGCAAGACGAUCAAGGAGAAGAAAGCAAACACAAAUGAGUGAGCUUGAAGAACAGGUCUCACAAUUAAGAGUUGAACACUCAUCCCUACUGAAUCAUCUAACUGGCAUUAAUAAGAAGUAUAGUGACGCUUCGGUUGAUAAUAGAAUUCUAAAAGCAGAUUUGGAGACUCUUAGAGCAAAGGUGAAAAUGGCAGAAGAAUCUUUGAAGAGGGCAACCGGAGCGAAUCCUUUAUACCCUGUCAUCUCUGAGAUGCCGAGCAUCGGUUUACCCUUCUCUCCGAACACAGCUAACCCAACCUCCAACAUGGUACUUCCUUUCCAAGAAGGGAUAAAUCACUUCUUCCAAGCCCCAAUGCAUGUUCAAGAUGUUCCUCAUGGUGUUGUUGCAGCUCCUGCAACACAGAUUGGCCUCAUUACUUCCAUGCAACAACAAGCACCUUCUCCAGAAGAUCAGAAACCCAUCUGCAGUGGGCCAAUCUCAUGCUCCCCCCUGCAAUGGAACACAACUGUAUGGUCUCCCGAGGCCUCAAUCUCCGAUAAGUAGAUCCACUCCUAUUAUGUAUGGCAACUAAAGAAAAACUCCUAACUUAUGCUUCUAAGCUAUGCCAUCAGCAUCAUCGUCUGUUUUAUUCCGUAUCGAUGAUACUCUCUUUUAAAUUGCUGUUAAGUUUGCCUGCUUUUGUAGGCCUCAGGACAUCUUAUCUUUUGAUGUCAAAAGGCUGAAAUGUAAUAAUCUUUUUAUCGACGUUGCCAAGGUGAUUCUUCUUCCCAGUC